AUGUCAGAUUGCAUGAUAGCGUGCGUUCUGCCCGCCGCUCAUCUUUUUCGGUCUUGCAUUGUCUCCGGCAGGUCCAUCACCAACGAGAGAUGUCCACUGAGGACUCGACAGGGGUACAUGAGGCAAGAGAAAAAGAUUCGCAGACACACACACACUCUCUCUCUCUCUCACACAUCAGACAGCCGCAGCGGGUAA